UCUUGUAUUUAGUUAAUAUGGGCCUUCAUGCCGCGAUAAUACGACUGAGCCAGCUCAUACACGUAGAAGAGCAGCAAUGUAAAUGGCGAGUAGCCUCUGUGACCUCCCCUUUGAAAAAUCCAGGCUACGCCCCUGUCACGGUAUUACUAACUUUCGAAAGCAGACACCCUUUAGGAAGCUUCAGCUCAAGGAUUAACAGCUGAAAUCUUCCUCGCAAUAACAAUGUCAUUGCAUCUAAGUUCGUUGAAACUGAACAAGAAAACCCAUACACACAUUUUUAUUCGAACUGAUGAAUAUCUUUCCAGAGAUGAGUUUCGCGUGAUCUAACAUCAGAAACAGCGCCGUCUCGUCGAAAUUUAUUGUCAUGAAUAUGAUUAGGCUUUGAAGGUCAAAUUCUCAGAAAAGCGUAUUGACAUUUCAUCAGCUAGUUGGUAAAUAUUGCCUUCUCAAUAUUUUGAGACUGAACAGACCGGCUUACAAUCGGGAUAGUAGGGCACUCAAUGCACGGCCAGAGUGAUGCAAUUCAGUAGAUUUGACGGGGGUUUCAUAAUGACUUAAUCAGUUUGCUCAUUCAAUUAGCCACUCUGACUAUUACAGUAUAUUAGUUGUUUCGUAAAGCACUGAGUUAGUAAGUAGUAUUUUCCUUCCGGGAGACCGUUCUUUACAGAGGUUUAAUUUAAUUUAUCGCAAAUGCUGUAGACCACGCAUAACUUAAACUCACUUAACACGAGACUCUUUCUUCCAACACUUGCAACGCAGUACCCUGCCAUGCAAGAUUUCCAAAGAUUGUAUCUUGCCCAGAAAACCCCUUGAUUUGCAAGGGAAAAGGAAAUGCAACUCUGUUCUGGAAGUUUGAGGUGCGGCCCACAGAGACAUGGAACAAUUCUAUCAAUGAGGUGGUUUUCGGUGUCCGGCAGGAAGUAUCCUGGAUUCCUCCAAAAAAAAAAAACUUCUCCUCAUCAACAGCACCGGUGGAGAACUAAUAAGAGAAACUACGAGAAAAAGAUAAGCUGUAACUUUGACAUGUCUCUCUUGCAAGUGGCAUUUACUUUACAUCAUUUGGAUAACGACGAUGAAAAUGACUAUGGCGUUCAAGUCCGGAGUUCAAGUCCGGAGUUUGGCCUGAGUCGAGCCCCCUUAACGGAUAAUGUCAAGCUUCGUCUUGAAGAUCCACCAAAAAUCAACACUCCUCAACAAAGAAACAUCUCCGUUAGGGAUGGUGAUCCACUGGUGAUUAAAUGUCUUGCAAGUGGAUUUCCGACACCAAACAUAACGUGGAAAAAACAUGGGAAAACUAUUGGAAACCAAGCUCUUUAUUUCAUUUCUAUAAAGACAUUUGACAGCGGAGUUUACCUGUGUGAAGCUCAUAACCAAGCAGGCAAAGACAGCACGGAAAUCACUGUCAGAGUUGAGGAUUCUGACAAUCUUGAGUUCCCAACAACGCAGAGAGUUCGUGAUUCGCCACCAGGAACAUCAAAAGUUACUAGUCCUGUCUGGAUAAUCUGCUUAGUGGCCAUUUCUGGAUUGCUUAUAAUACUUAUUCUAUUAACACUCUCAGAAAUAAUGUGUCGCUCUCGCAGACGUCGCAAGAAGAAGGUACCUUAUAAGAAGCAAACUGACUUUAAAGGAUCUCAUGAAUCUUUUCCUCCUAUUACUGAACUGUAGCCUGCAGUGUUAGGCAUUCACAAACAUUAAGUUAAACAGACAUUCGUCUGAUAUAGGUUGUAUCUGACCAUGUAUUUGACCGGCAAAAACUCGCUAUACUUUUAAAGUUAAAAUUCAGUCAUAGAAGUAUAAGAAGCUUGAUUUGGCAGAGUGUGAUGAUCUGCUGCUAAUGCACACCAAAUAUAUCAAAACGUCGAGCUUCUUUUAUUUUAAACUUCGAAGAUACCGCACUUGGAGUUAUCUUGCAGUUUCCAAACUCUUACUGCACCAGCCAUUCUCUCACAGAAGAAGGAGGGGUGAAAAAGAAAAUUAUAGAAUUAACUCCGAAAGUGGAAACCGAUGUUUUAAGGAAUUACGUCGACAUAGUUCAACUUUCAGUUUGAUCGAUCCACAUCGGAUUUAAGGAAGACCGAAGCUCAUCGAGCGAGGAAGGAGGCGCUGAGUCGAUCGAUGCAAAUAUCACGAACGUGUCCACAUGUACGCGAUUGGCAAUUUUGAAGUGUAAUCGUCGCAGAUUAGAGAGCUAUUUUGCAGCGAAAAACCCCUAACUAGCCGAGUUAAGUUACCUUUCACUUUUUACUUCUCCGAGAAAGCGAAAAAAGAUUUGUUGGAUAGUUUCCCACCUCUUCAAUUCCGUACACCAGCCAUUCUCAAGAUUUCUGAGAACGAAGGGAAAGAAAGUGACUUUAAUAAACCCUGUCUCGUCAAACGGAAUUUCAAGUUAUUUUACUUUAGAAGUAAAUAAUUACUCAAACUUGCAUCUAACUGAUUUCGUAUUCGAUUUUUGUUUUAACUUCAGAACUCAAGGAAUAAGUCUUGGGACGCCUUAUAUUAUUAGAUAUAGACAUUUUGAAUAUGAUCCCAUGUUGUGAGCUCCUAGAGGACACAAAGUGACUCAUCCUCGGAAUUUCAAGGUUAACACUUUUCACACACGAAUAGAAAGACUUCCCUUUUUUCCCAGAACCCAAUAAGCCAUAGCUUUGUCGCAAGUGCAACCUCACGCCAUGCUAAAAGAUUGGGAUGUUUAUCGAAGAUACUAAGAAAUUCCUUCAAAGUCGGGCACCUAUUUUUUCUCCCUUCUAGAUCGUCCAUUAGUAUCAUAUAUAUGCUAUCAUAACGUUGACCCCAUUUUGUGAGCUCAUAGAGGAUAGAGGACAUAAAGCUCAUUCUCGGAACUUCAUGCACUAAUAAAAACACUUCCCAUUUUUCAAAGAACCCAAUGAUUGUGUGACAGGGUCUUAACAGUAUUAGUCAAAAUGGGUCAUGCGUAAUGUGAUGCGGCGCUGUGCAGUGCUCCUUUCUGUACAGUCACUCUCAACUCGACCGGCCGAAAUGAAGUUCCCCUUAUACAGUUUGGUUUGUUUUUUAACUCUGAUUCAAGCCAGAGUGGCAUCCACUGGGAAUGCUUGUCCUAAUUCUACGGAUCCAAUUAUUCACAAUUCUGGAGAGGACGCCAGAUUAUUUUACAAAAGAUCAAAUCAUGAGAGUGAAAAAGAGUUUUCUGGCUAUCGGGCAUUUGUAAAUUCGUCUUUAUUUGCCUACCUAACGAAAAAUGAAUCAGAAGGCACUUGUUCUGGAUCAUUAAGGGAGGUUUGUUUGAAAGGGAAGACAGAAUUCAAGAAGUGGAAUCAAAGACUUUUGAUAAUAAAGAUUUUCGAUGUCACUGUAAACGAUAGUGGACUGUACGCAGUAUGGACCUCCUUCUCUGGUAUUACCCCACACGAUGACAAAACAGAGAAAUGUUUACAAGUAAUACAUCUGAAAAUAAAAGAAACCAACUCAAGUCCAACUCCUCACUCAAUGUCACAUUCGACUCUGGUCUACAGCAGCAGUACAACUAGCUCUGGUGCCAGCAAUUCACUCAGGGCCUUACAAACAUGUAACAAUCUUGUGUGGAUGAUAUCAACCAUUACUGCAACUGUCAUGAUGAGUGUGAAUCCUAGCACUGGGUUUUUCCAUUUAUAACGUCCGGAAAGAUUUUGAGAAGUAGAAGUAGUUCUGAAACAACAAGGAGAAUUUGCAGUAUGAACUCAGUUUUUUUUUAGUAGAGACCUCUGUAGUUAAAAUUAUCUAAUUGUUAUUUAGUUUAAAGACUUUCGCAAAAAAUAUUAUUUUGACAAGACAAACCCUUUUCUAUGUAUUGUAUAUUUGCUGAUACAUUUUGCUAGCCUCAACUGAAGAAGUAUUUCUCAUACAGCUAACAGCCAAGUGCUCUUAUAAAUAGAAACCAAUUGGAAUAAAUUUGAGUCCCACAAAGUGGCCGAUUUAUUGUUUAAACGAGGAAGGAAGGUCGAACUUGCUGAUUGUAUCAGGUCUUAAGACAAAUGGGAUGAAUUCGAGAAACAUGCCACGCCUUAAACUGAGAGCUCAAGACUAAGUCAUUCUCCAACCAAAACAUGUGACAAUUACUCAAAGAACCCUCUAUUGUUAUGAAAUUGGAGUCACCAGAUAGUCUUGUGAGUGUCUGGAAAUUAUUGUCCAAUCAGUGUUGGGUGAUAGACCCUUUCCUCGUUUAGUUUGACUCUUCAGUAUUCCCAGCCCUUCCUCAUAAUCUUUAUAGGUUUGUAAAAAACAAAAAGAAAGAUUCAAUUUGAUUUAAGAGAUUGAAGCCGACACUUUACCUUGUUUGAAAUGAA